AAAAAAUAAAAUGCUAACAAAUGAGUUAAGUAGUAUGUCAAAUCAGAAUUAAGUAAAGGAUAAUAAAGAGGUUUGUUUUUAAUUUAAUUAUUUUUUAAAGUAAGCUUAUUAAUGGACCAAGAAUGAAGAAGAACAACUUAAACAAUUGUUCAAUAUUCAUUAAGGUAAUUGGAAAUCUAUAAGCUCUUAAUUAAAUGGGCCAAAUCCAUUAGAAUGUAUGAAGAAAUGGUAAAGACUACAUCCAGAUUAAGUAAUUUUGUAAUCUUAAUUUAAGACUCUUUAAAGGUAAUAGUGGUCUUAAGAAGAAGAUGAUUAAUUAAUGUAGCUAGUUUAAAAGUAUGGAAAAAAAUGGAGUAAGAUAUGCACAGUGAUGGAUUGGAGAACUGGAAAAUAAGUUAGAGAGAGGUAUCUAAAUCAAUUGUAAGUUCAUAUUAAUAAUUAAUAAUGGACAAUAUAAGAAGACAAGAUGAUUAUCAAAUUAUAUAAAAAGUAUGGAACUAAAUGGAGUUAUAUAUCUAGUUUCCUUAAUGGACGACCUGUAUAUAUUGUUAUUUAUAAUAUUUACAUAGGAAAAUAUGGUUAAAAAUCGAUUCUAUGCCAAUUUGAAAAAGAGAUUCUAAUCUGAUUUAGAAAAAUAUGAAGAUGAAUAAUAUCAAGACUCAUCAGAUUCUUUUAAUGUAACUAAAUAUAAAAAGAAAAAAAAAAUUAAGACUUAGAGAUUUAUUAGUGAUUCUAUUUCAAUCAAAAAAUGUUAACUUUUGAAUGUAAAAUCUGAAAUUUUCAAAAGAAUCACAAGAUCAAAAAAUAAAGAUCAUAAAUAAAUUUAAACUAAAGAAGAAAAUAUUUAGGAACCUAUUUAAUGCUAGAAUCCUCUUUAAGAAUCUCCUUAAGAAUCUAUUGAAAAAGAAAAAGUAAUUAAUUAAUUUAUUUCACACCAAUUAUUAGGUGUAAAAGAAGAAAUGUUAUAUAAUCAAAAUACAUAGAAUUAAUAUAUGUUAUUUGAAUAUUAAUAAAAUUUUUAAACUCCAUAAUUACUUGAUUAGGGAAGAUUACAAUUUUAUUUUAAUUAAUAAUAAUAUGCAUAAUGUUAUCCUAAACAAAAUAACAUUCAAUAAAAUUUAUAAUUGUGUUAGAAAUGUAUUUAAUGUGAGAAUAUAAUUGACAAAAAUAAAUUGUAUUAUUUUUAAGAUAUUAAUCAAUUAUUCUAAUUGUUUUAAUAUCAUUUGUUUAUGUAAAAUCAACCCAUAUUAAAAAGUGAAGUUGAUUUGUCAUAAAUUGGAAAUCAAUAGCCAUAGCAAUAUACAAAUUUGAUAUUGCAGUGA